UGAGCGGCUUCUUCCGGCGAUGGUUCGGGGCUAUGUCCCUGAGCAUGUCUGGCUAGUGCUAGCAGAGUUGAGCUAUUUCUUUCGCCAGCUUUGUGCCAAGGAGUUAUCUCGGACCGUGAUUGCUGACUUGGAAAAAAUGGCACCUGUGUUGCUCUGUAAGUUGGAGAAGAUCUUUCCACCCGGCUUCUUCAAUCCGAUGCAGCAUUUGAUUUUGCACCUCCCGUACGAGGCACGAAUGGGGGGGCCCGUGCAGGGCCGUUGGUGCUAUCCAAUCGAGAGAUGUCUAAAGGUUCUUCGAAAGAAAUGUAGAAAUAAAUGCAAAAUCGAGGCUUCCAUUGCAGAGGCAUACAUUCUGGAGGAGGUGGCGAACUUCACAACAACAUACUAUGGUGACAACCUCCCUAGCGUGCAUAAUCCACCCCCUCGUUACAAUGCUGGCGAAAAUGAAUCGAACCUCAGCCUUUUCCGAGGGCAACUCGGAAGCGCAAGUGCAUCAACCCCCAAGACCUUGAAUCAUGAAGAGUGGCGCCAUAUCAUGCUAUACGUGUUGACCAACCUUGACGAAGUGGCGCCGUACAUGCAGGAAUUUCUUCAUGAAUUCUGGCGUAAAUCAAGGGAUCCUACCCCGCAGCAGGUAGAUACCCUUCUUAGACAGGGUGCGGGUAAUGGAAUGCCCGAUUUCAUUUCUUGGUUCAAACGGAAGGUACCGUCCAAUUUAGCUCGUACUUAGUUUGACAUUCCUAGUUACUCGUACGUGCGAAUAAUAUAACAAUGUAUCCUGCUUGAGCUUGUAGGGCCAGAGGGAUGCGUCUAUGUGUGCCGAGUUGAGACAGGUUGCUGAUGGCUUUGCCUAUAGGGUCAGGUCAUUUUCUAGUUAUGACGUGAAUGGAUAUCGCUUUCGCACAACAAGCUACGAGCAGAGUCGGCCCAAUCGAAGAACCACAAGUUCCGGAGUUUUUACGCGCGGCGUUGAUGAGGUCGAGUAUUAUGGAAGAAUUGAAGAAAUAUACGAACUCAAGUUUCAUGGUUCCGAACCUUUUAAUCCCGUCAUAUUAAAAUGCCAUUGGUUUGAUCCUGAAGUAACGAGACGGACAUAUUGUAAUCUUGGCUUAGUCGAAAUUCGACAGGAUUCCGUCUUACCAGGAGACGAUGUCUAUAUUGUGGCCCAACAGGCCACGCAAGUUUAUUAUCUCCCCUAUGCGUGUCAAACCAGAAGGCAUCUUAAGGGUUGGGAUAUUGUGCACAGGGUAUCGCCACACGGUAAAGUGCCUGUCCCAAACGAUGAAGAUUACAACUUAGACCCAAACACAUAUGACGGAGAGUUCUUUCAAGAAGAGGGACUAGAAGGGAGGUUUGAGAUAGACUUAACCGAAGCGAUCGGAAUGGAAGUAGACAAUGAAACGGUUAUUGAAGAGGACGUUGGAGAUGAGGUGCAAAAUGUGAAGGACUUACAAAUGCUUGAGCGAUUACAUUUGGACAAUGACAAUGGCAACAUUGCUCAUUCGGAUAGUGUUGAUUAUUUCGACAUGAUUGAUAGUGAUGAUGAGACUUAUGAUCCAGCUAAUCCCGAUCAUGAAGAAUAUUUCUAAUACA